AUGACGUUUACAUCUCGCAGCUGGGAGUACCAAAACGUUAUUCUGUGCGUAGUUUUAAAUCACGUCCGUGCUACCAAUCGGCAUACUGCUGAUGGGAACGAGCUCUUUUUCAACUUACUCGAACCAGGAACUAUCAAGAUCUUACUACAGAACCGGUUGCCUGUCCUUCAAAAUACCAAACUAGGAUGGGUGGUUUCAGGUGGAUAUGAAUGUCCCAAACAAUCGGAAGAAUCGAGCUUACCAUUAUACCUACUGGCUUCUUGUGAUGACCUUCUAUCGAAACAGUUACAACAAUUCUGGGAGCUCCAAGUGUACGCUAACACUAAACCGUACUUCAGUAACCAAGAAACACAGUGUGAGGAUCACUUUCUGAAGUACACUAUUCGCAACGAGUUUGGACAUUUCGUAGCGCGUCUUCCAUUCCAAAAAAAUCCCACCAUCUUGGGCGACUCUAGAGAAAUAGAACUACUCCACCUUGAGCGGAAAGUGGACAAAAAUCCGCAGCUUUUGGAGCAAAAUCAUGCCUUUUUACGCGAAUACGUCGAACUAGGGCAUAUGUUGUUGGCUGCUUCAUCGGUUGCAAGACGUCCUAUCUUUCUUCCCCACCACUGCAUCGUCAAGGAAGCUAGCACAACCACGAAAAGCCGUGUGGUUUUGGGCGCAUUUGCUAAAACUACUAGGCGGAAGCAUUUUAACGAUCUUCUUAUGGCGGGACCAGUUCUGUAG